AUGUCUCAGGCUCAAAGUGGUCCUUUGUACGCUCUUUACUACCCUGUUUUCGCGGCCGUGGGUAUUCCGGCGAACCUUUUGUCCAUUGUGAUCUUGCCCCAGGGAAAGUGUGGUCUCUCCAAGUGUAUCGCUCGAUAUUUGGUGUCCAUGGCAGUCACCGACCUCCUGGUUGUUGUCACCGCUUUGAUACUGAAUCCAAUCAACGGUAUUUAUAUGCCGGUGAGUUUCCUGUCCAUCACUCCCGUCUGCAAAAUGAGCACCGUGCUUAUUUAUUCAUCCAGAGACUGUUCCGUCUGGUUAACCGUUGCUUUCACCUUCGAUCGAUUUGUAGCCAUUUGUUGUCAAAAUCUGAGGAACAAAUAUUGUACCGGGAAAACGGCGCGUGUGGUCAUAUGUGUGGUUUGCGCCAUGGGAUGUUUAAAAAACAUCCCCUGGUUCUUUCCAUAUGAACCCCUGUAUGUGAUAAACGGCGUGCCCUGGUUUUGCAGACUUAAGUUAUUUUUUUAUGCUUCCUUUAUAUGGACAGCUUUCGACUGGUUCGAUCGUGUUUUAACUCCUUGUAUUCCGUUCCUCUUGAUUGUAUUGUUCAAUGCUAUGACCGUCAGGUACAUUCUGGCAGCCAACCGAGCCCGAAAGAGACUCCAAGGUUCUUGCAGUGCUGAGAAACAGAAUGACCCGGAGAUGGAGAGCCGCAGGAAGUCCAUAGUAUUACUUUUUAUUAUAUCGGGAAAUUUCAUUCUGUUAUGGACGACGUACGUAGUGAAUGUUGUAUAUGUGCGGUUUACAGACGGUUCUUACUUCACUGGCUUCAAUUUCAAAGACCCCAGGUUUAUCCUGGAAGAAAGCGGAAACAUGCUGCUUCUCUUCAGCUGCUGCAUUAACACGGGCACCUACGCAAUGACCCAAAGUAAGUUCAGGCAGGAGCUAAAGAAGCUGAUAAAAUAUCCACUGUUUGCCAUGAUGACAUUAUGUAAAUAA